UUGACUCCUAGAAUGGCUGUGAAGUGAUCGUUCCAGAUGAACUCAGUCAACAGGAAAGCAGACUCUAACUAGUCCUUUUUGCACAGCUUGGUUCUUCAGUUUCCAGUCCACCGAAGCCAUCAGCAGAGAGCUCCAAUUGCUGUUACAAGUUUGAAUAAACAACAGAGAGUUGCAGAGAGAGAGUACUAUGGCUCAAGAAAUUGAAUAUUAUCUAAAGGAACAAUUCGAGAAAGUUCUUGAUGGGAAAGACCAAAGUAUCUCCAAAAUUCCCAGGUACAACCAAUUUCAAGAAAUAAAGUCUUUGCUUGUAGACAUUUUCAGCUCAUCCUCCCCUGUAGAUUCAUCCAUCAGGGACAAGCUUUACUACCUCAACAAUGUUGUCACUGAGUGCCAGAUGCUAACAAGAAAACACGGUUUCAAUUCUCCUGAGGAGCUACUCACCAUUAACAGAAUCAGGAGGGAGUUAAAUAAGAUCAAGAGGGAACUCAAGGCUACGAAAGAUAAACUACAACCUAACAAUGGUGUUUCAAGCUCACAGGACACAGAGACAAGCUCACGGGACACAGAGAUUUCGAGGUGGACUACUGGUGUAGUAGAUGAUUCCAAGGUUUAUGGAUUUGAUGAUAAUGUGGUGUCAAUGGAAAAGUUGCUUCUUGAAAAAGAAAGUCAUGAUCGGUUCAAGGCAGUAGGCAUUGUUGGUAGGGAAGGGAUAGGAAAAACAACACUUUGCCAAUUGAUAUUCAACAAACCAGAGGUGAAAAACAACUUCCUUCCAAGGAUCUGGGUGUGCAUGGCCAGAGACCCGAAUGGCCACGAAGAUGAAGAUCUGAAAGUAGCAAUUGUCAAAAGAAUGUUGGUGUACCUUGGAGUUGGAAAGGAGACGGUGAAGUCCAUUUUCGAUGAGAAGCGCGGCCUCGAAGGACUGCUGUGUGCUCUCUACCAGCAAUUGGUGGGCAAGAGGUAUCUGAUUGUGCUUGAUGAUGCUAGGGAGACCGAUUCAUGGUACGGACAGUUGGAUUCUUGUUUGAGCUGUGAUAAGAAAUGGGACGAUGGGUUCGCAUUUGGAUUGCCAAAAGGGAAUGGGGGUAGAGUCAUAGUCACAAGUAGGAAUGAAGAACUAACAAAGAUGAUGGUCGGAGAAGAAAAUAUACAUCGCCUUUUGCCGCUUUCAGACCCUGAAAGCUGCUGGAAAAUAUUCAAAGACGCAGUUGAGAAUGAUCCGAUUCUAUCCUAUCCCUCAGACUUGGAAGCUCUGAAGUUGGAAAUCAAUCAAAAAUGAUGGGACGGGCAAUACAUGAACAAGUUCCAAAGUAAUCCACGCAGUGGAAUCCAUAGGUAUCAAUAAUAGUAAUCUAAUGCUUCCCAAUUGUAUUUUGCUUUCGAAAUCUAUCAGGUUUUGAUCUAUUAAUCUAGAAAUAUAUCAUCAUAAUUAAGAGAUCAACUUUGAUCCUGCACUCAUGUUAAAUGAGUUUGUAAUUUUUCAUAGUUAACUUAUAUCCAAUGUUGAAAAGCAUGUACUUUGCAAAAUUUACCUGAUUUAUAUGGAAACUGAAAAGCUGAACCCUUUUGGCGACUUCAAACAAAGCA